UAUGCCCUUCUGAAUGUUUACAAACAAAGCAUCGUGGCGGAAACGGCCUUCACCUUGACCCGAUGAGCUCAGAGGUCUUUGUUGAAAGCGCGUUCCUUUGCGAAGACUUAUCGUUAUAGACAGGUAGCAUUUCUUCACUUCUUUGCCAUGGAAAUCAAGGUCAACUUCAGCGUCUCAAUGGUGAUUGCAGUGGUAUUGGCGGAAGCCAUGAGCUUCCUGUGGUAUAACAACAACGCCCCCUGGGGGCGGAGGAUAGGUGACAGAUAUCUGAUUACCGCCCUUGUUUCAGAUGUUGGGCUUGUAGUUCUUCUCAAGUUCCUCAUGGAGAAUUACUGGAGUGUCGGGAGAUGGGAGGACGCCGCCAUAUUGUCCUGCUUCUUGACCCUUGUGUACAUGACCUUGCAAGCUCCGCACAUCGUUCACAACAGCAACAGUUUCUCUCACUGUUUCGCCCAUUCUGUUCACAAGUUCUGUGUCAUGUUCGUCAUGUUGUUCGCCCUCGUCUACUUCAGGCAUUACUAAAUCUGGGAGAGGGACCGGUGGUCAAGUCGUCUGAGGUGCCGCAAUUCGCUGUGUAGAGUUAUGUUCCCCUUUGGAAUGCCAGAAACCUUUUCCCCCUGAUUAUGUUACUUGGUUUGUCAGCACCAUAAAGUGGUAAUAGAUCUGCAUCACUGGGGACUUUCCUCCAUCUUGAAGCUGACACCAUGUGAUGUAAAUGAAAUGUUGUUCAUAGCCAGGUUAAACCAAACUCACUUAAUCACAGCCUGGCACAAGUGGACGCUUCUAGAAGGCUGGGAGGAGAACUUUAGAAAAACGAGGACGAUAUCGUUACUAUUAUCACUUUGUAAUAGAUACAAAUACUCGCCCAAUAGAAGCUAAUCUAGACCAUGUAAUGCUCUUUACCGGCCAACUGGCGUUAUACAAUCAAGUAGCAAACUCUUUCCUUAGUCUUGUGCCUCUCACUUGUCUUUGGAUAGUUACUGUCUUAGUUCUUAGUGUCUGUAGUGUUUCAUUGAUGUCAUAGUGGUCUUAAGGAUCAUUGUCGUUCCCCCAGUUGUAGCACCACAGUUUGACAUCGCGGCAUGGGACUAAUCAUUAGCUCAUAGCGUACUCAUUUAUCAUAUCUUUAUCAAGGAACAUCAAUAUAUCAAUGUCUUCCUGAAUCACCUCCAAAUACGUUUCAUUAUCCUGAACUUUGAAGAAGGAUUCCAGAUCGAAAACUUGACGGGUUUUGGAAAACAAGAUGGCGGCUUCCACGAAACAACCACCGGUUCUUGUUUUCGAUCUGAACUAUUGGUGUUAUACUGGAACCGCAAGAUAAUUAUUGCCUAUUAAUACAUUGGAAUGCACAUUUCUGUGAGGUUGAUCCGUAAUAUGGCGUAAUAUAAGUUUAUUGUCAUAGCAAACAGCUAGUAAAACGUAACCGCAAGUUUGCAGUUAACGGAAACUUAUUUGGAGGUGAUUCAGGACGAUAUUGAUAUAUUAACACUCAAGAAAAUAAGUGUCGAUGUGAGGGAUGCGUCAUUUGGAGACUAUUUCAGUUUUGUAUUUUGAAACUUCUGCCUAAAGGUUUGAGACUGUUGAUGGGUAUAUGUUGAUAAUUGAUAUAGUUUAAGGUUGUCCCGCAGUGCUCCUAAUUGAAAUACGACAUAGUUUAUUACACCCCUGACUAUGAUCCUGUUACUAGAACCAAGUGGUCCAGUACUAUAAGGCGUUGCAACUCACUUUGCUGAGUUCUGUCAUGAACCCUUACGUAUUAGGUGUCCAUGGUUCUGUCUUUAUCUGUGCCUGAGUUCGAAUCCAAAAUUCGCCCCGAGUGUGAUCCGUUGUUAUCGUUCGUGGGUUUCAUCAAAUACGCAGCAAACAAACAAACAAACAAAACCUGCGUCACUUUUGGCUUUCUUCUAACACGUAACAAGAUGAAUGCGACCGACCAUGUGAUAUUCUUUGUAUUUGCUGCAGUAAAAACAAACAAAAGAACCCAAGCAAUGUUCAAGGAUCACGGAUCAUGCCCUAACCACUUACUGUUUGAUGUUGUUUUGUGAUAACCUGAGAUACCUCCUGUAUUUAGAGAGCCUAUUUGACGUUACUUUUUUAACAUCAUUUAACGCUUUGAUCUUUUAAAGUUGUUACUUGUUGUUACUUAUAACAGUACUAUGUAAAGCUGUCAUAUACUAAAUGUCUGCUGAAUAAAGAAUCUAGAUUUCGAUGA